UUUAUUGAACAAUUUGUUAAUUCAUGUACUACUAUAUAUCACCUACAUUUUAACUACAACUUUGGCGAAAGACAAAAUAAUUUGGAGAAAACUCAUAUUUAGAAGAGGUGGUCAUGGUCUGAGGAGAGGGUGUUAUAAAUGUAAUAUAAAAAUAGUAAAACUUAAUGGUGUUCAUGAUUUUGAAAAUUAAAUAAAAAAUAAAUAAAUAAAUUGAACAGGUGCUUCAGGUAAUGUAUUGACUUUGUUAAAAAAAAAGAUAACACAAACAUGUAUGUUUUAAGUCAAGGAAAUAUUCAAAUGAAAGAAGUUUUAAGAUUUCCCCUCCUAAGAAAAUAUUAAUUGAUUUAAAUUAUGAAAAUAUGUGUAAUUAAGUGAUAAAUAUUUUUUUACAAAAUUUGAGGUCUGUCUUUAUGUAUUAAAUAACAUUAUAUUUAAGUUGUACAAUAACUGUCGGUGAUUUAUGGUAGUACUGUGUGGUUUGUCACACCUAGCAACAGAAGGCAGCAUGUUUCCCUAUUGUUUUUACAGAUGUUGAUAUUAACAUGUAUUGUGAUAAUGUUAUAAGGAUGUUUGUACCCCUGUGUACAGGUGAACUUUGUUACAAUGUCUCCAGUUAUAUAUCACAAAAAUGCUGAUAUAUUAAUGGUUUACAAGAAUUAAUAUGAAAAUGGAUAAGAGCACCUUUCAAUAUAGUGAUGGUAAGUAAAGAAGUUUUACUGAUCCAGUGUCUAUAUAUCUGUAAUGUUCGUGUUCAAAUUUGUCUGGUUUUUUUCAGGACUAUACAUUAAAGACAUUGUUAAAAAACUAUAAUUAUUUGAAAAUGAAAUUAUUAAAAGCAUAAAAUUGUUGAAAGAAAAAAAUGUGUUCACCAAAUGUGGCAGGCUCAGGUGUAUAGUACCUAUCUGUUAUAUAGAUAUUUUUUUCUAUUAUCUUCUUCAAAAUAAUAUCAUAGAUGUAUAAUUUUUAAAUGUGUGUUUGGCAAGUUCCUUUGAUAGGCAGUUAAGUUUCAUGUACAAAUGUAUAUCUUUCUUUCUUUUAAUAUUAUUUUUUUAGUAUUAAUGAAAUUAUCGUUUGAUUUAUUGUUGUAUUUCAGUCUAAGUUUCAGUAUUAAGUUGGAAAGAUAGUCUACAAAUAGUCACAGCUUUAUGUUGUCACCAAAGUACAGUCACACCAUCUUACUCACAGCUUUACGUUGUCACCAAAGUACAGUCACACCAUCUUACUCACAGCUUUACGUUGUCACCAAAGUACAGUCACACCAUCUUACAGCUUUACGUUGUCACCAAAUUAGGUCACACCAUCUUACACACAGCGUUACGUUGUCACCAAAGUACAGUCACACCAUCUUACUCACAGCUUUACGUUGUCACCAAAGUACAGUCACACCAUCUUACAGCUUUAUGUUGUCACCAAAGUACAGUCACACCAUCUUACAACUUUACGUUGUCACCAAAGUACAGUCACACCAUCUUACUCACAGCUUUACGUUGUCACCAAAGUACAGUCACACCAUCUUACACACAGCGUUACGUCGUCACCAAAGUACAGUCACACCAUCUUACUCACAGCUUUACGUUGUCACCAAAGUACAGUCACACUGUCUUACAGCUUUAUGUUGUCACCAAAGUACAGUCACACCAUCUUACAACUUUACGUUGUCACCAAAGUACAGUCACACCAUCUUACUCACAGCUUUACGUUGUCACCAAAGUACAGUCACACCAUCUUACUCACAGCUUUACGUCGUCACCAAAGUACAGUCACACCAUCUUACUCACAGCUUUACGUCGUCACCAAAGUACAGUCACACCAUCUUACUCACAGCUUUACGUCGUCACCAAAGUACAGUCACACCAUCUUACAGCUUUACGUCUCACCAAAGUACAGUCACACCAUCUUACAGCUUUACGUUGUCACCAAAGUACAGUCACACCAUCUUACAGCUUUACGUCGUCACCAAAGUAGUCACACCAUCUUACUCACAGCUUUACGUUGUCACCAAAGUACAGUCACACCAUCUUACAACUUUGCGUUGUCACCAAAGUACAGUCACACCAUCUUACUCACAGCUUUACGUCGUACCAAAGUACAGUCACACCAUCUUACAGCUUUAUGUUGUCACCAAAGUACAGUUGCACCAUCUUACUCACAGCUUUACGUUGUCACCAAAGUACAGUCACACCAUCUUACAGCUUUACGUUGUCACCAAAGUACAGUCACACCAUCUUACUCACAGCUUUACGUUGUCACCAAAGUACAGUCACACCAUCUUAGGGUCAAGGUCAAAUGUUUGACAUUGUAUUGUUGAGGUGAGAAUGACUCUGAAGUCAAUGUUUACUUUGGAAGUUUGAUGUCAGGAAUAAGCAUUAUAAAUCACAGCAUUAUUAGUUGAUAUUUACUCAGAUUUUUAAACACUUUGAUAAUUGUUGUAAUAGUAUGUUUUUAAUAUCUGUAAUGACAAUAUAGUAACAUAGUGUACACUCUGAUAAUGAUAAAACCACAGACAGGAGAAAUACUGUUGGAUGUCUGUAAAUUAACCGGUAUAUGUUACAAUGAUAAAACCACAGACAGGAGAAAUACUGUUGGAUGUCUGUAUUAACCUGGAACCUUGUGGGAGAAUUCUCAUAGUUUCUUUUCUUCAACACCAAUCCAAAAAUAUGUUAAGAAUAAAAAAAAUAAUAUAAAUACUGUUUGUUGAUUGGACAUCUUUAUAAUUACUUGUAAAUAAAGUUAUUUUAAAGGCGUAGAUCAAUAAUAGAUGUUCCAUUUUUUCACCAAAAAGUGUCACAAAUUAAUAUGUUCUACAUUGGAGGAAAUAAAGAAAGCUUUGUUGCUUGGUUCUUAUGAUAAUUUCAUUUACAAAGUAAAAUCAUUUCCGUUCGAUACUGUAUCUGUAUACAAAUACAAAAUGUAGCCGAUUAUUUAAUGAAUGCAUAUCACAUGUAUGACCGACCUUAAGUGUUAACCCCUUGUUUCUACAUUUGUUUUGAAAACCUUAUUUGUUUUGUUUUAAAACCUUUGUUUCCCUAAUGUUAUUGUUGUUGUUGUCAACUUCGUGUUCAGUUGUGUGUAUAUUGUAUUGUUAUCUAGUUUAGUCAACUGUGUCAAUAUUAUCAAACAGAUUAUGUAUAACACGUAAUUCACCAAGAUUUCUUUGAAUAAUAUCUUUUCAUCAAGCCGAAGAAAUAACCCGAUAUAAUGUUUUUGAUUUCAUGUGUCUGAACUCUAACAUUUUAUCUAUUAAGUUAUAUUAAUUUUUUUUUUUUUUUUUUUUUUAUUUUUCCUGAUUUUGAUAUUGUUUAAAUGUAGAAUAAUGGUCUUAUUUCCUUUGCUUGAUGAAUUGAAAAACUAAUGCAUUUAUAUUAAUUUUGUAUUUUACAAUACUCCUUUGCACAUCCAUAUCAUAUGUAUAACUAGAUUUUGAUACACAAUAUAACUUACCUCAUUAUUAUAUAUCAAGUGUUACCGAAUCAUGUGUUAUAACGUUCAGUAAUCUGAGAUGCUCCUCAAGGCCUGGUCUGGCCUCAGUUUCUUGAGGGAGAGGGAGAAAAAUAGGGCUUUCUAAAAGUCAGUUUUUGCCAUAGAAUUUUUAUGAAGUCCUUGAAACAAAGUUUGGGUACUUCCUGGUUUUUCACACUUCUAUAUUAUUUUUAUACCAUCAUUGAAUUGCUUUGACACAGCUUACAUCAAUUAUUGAUGAGCCAUUAAUGAAUACAUGCACAACUCCUUCUUUCUAUAUGAUAUCCAAGAUGGCCACCCUGGUGUAUUAUGGUUAACAUUUUGUCUGGAUACCAUAUUUGUUUGUUGUAGAAUACUGGAGUUGUAACUGUCAAGUAAUGAAUUCAAAUUUAACAAGACCUUGUAUUAAUAACAAAAUUGAUAUGUUACUAAUAAAUAUUCAUGUGUUUCAGUAACAAAAUCUAUGUUACUUAUAAAUAUUCAUGUUUUAGUAACAAUAUGAAUAUGUCAUUAAUAAAUAUUCAUAAACCUUGAUUCCAAACUAUAAACCUGGCAAUAGAUACAUUUAUUGUAUGUUGUAAUGGCGGUUUUGUGGCGGUAACUUACUUUUCUUGAUCCAUCUUGGGUUAAGGGGACUUCAUGCAAGAAUUUUUGUUACAAUUAUAUCUUGUUGGUGUUGAAUUCACUUCAUUUGGGAAAAAAAUGCAUAUAUUAUAUUUUAAUGUUUUCAAGAUAUCUCAACUGUAAUUUCUAUGAACAAUAUCAAAUGAAACCUGGGGUCUGAGUAAAAUGAACUUUGAACAUGGAUUUAAAAAAAAAAAAAAAUCACCUGCAAAUUGUUUAAAAUCAAAGAAAUUAUAUAAUAUAUAUUUAAAGUAUACUUAUGUUUUAUUUAUAGUUGUCAAUUAACCUGGUAUUUAUAAAUCUAAUUGAGAGAUAAGUAAAACACUCGACAUUGUAACCUCUGUCAAGUUUAAAAUGGAAUUAAUAAUCUACCAGAAGAAAACUUUUUUUUGUGUAAAUGAUUGAAGUGAUUCACCGACUAGAUUUGAUGAUAAUUAAGUACUUUGCUGAACAUCACAAUUUGAGAUAGCGGGCCACAUGAUGUUCACCAUGUCUUCCACAGAAAUAAUUUCCCUACAUCAAGAAAAAAUGUUGAGUAAUGUGAUUACACAAUAAUGUGAAUAAAAAUGAUAUUUAUACUCUGAAA